GAGCUUUAUCACCCCGCGUUUUCACACCGCCCUUUCGUCUACGCGUUAAAGGAACCCCAAAGAGCCGGUGCAUCGAGAUCCUACCCACCUACACGCCCCGCAGUACGAGCGGAAAGAAAACACAACUAUAUCUAUAUAUAUUACGUCUGACACUACCUCGCACCUUCACUCAUUAAAGAAGGUAAGGGAAAGAUGAGCGAGCGCAGGCCCAACAUAAAGGUGGCGGACAUCAGCCCGGAGAUGCAGACGGAUGCGGUAGAAGUAGCCACCAAGGCCAUCAAAGAGCACCAGAUGGAGAAAGACAUGGCCGCGCACAUUAAGCGCGAGUUCGACAAGCGUUACUUCCCAACGUGGCACUGCAUCGUAGGACGCAGCUUUGGCGCGGACGUGGUGCACGAGAACAAGAACUUCAUCUAUUUCUACGUAGGCCAGCUCUCCGUGCUACUGUGGAAAACCGGCUAG